AUGGCGCCGUCCACCAGAACCCCCUCACCACCGAGCAACACAAGCAAGAGCAUCAGCUUCCGCAGCCUCUGGUCCGAUACCCAAUCCAACCUGACUCGCCUCCUCCGCGUCAACCUUCGCCGCAGCCCGCCGUCGUCGGGGAAGUUCACCGCGUCCGGGUCGAACAGCGCGAUCCGCUUCGAGAUCAGCCUGCCCCGGGGACCCGAGCGUCGAGCCCCGCGGCGCCGCCACAAGGAAAUCCUCCUCGCGGUCGUGUGUCCGCCCAUGGCAGUCUACCACAUGGAAAACAACCUGAAUGCCAGAGUAUGGUUGACGGUGGCGCUGACGCUGGGGGGUUGGAUUCCUGGCGUGGUCUGUAAGUGCGGACGGAGAUGA